AUGGCCCAACAUAAAAUAUCUUUCGAGAAAAUCAAAACGCUCAUAGGAUCAGCAGGUAGUCUGGGUUUUUACGAUCGAAAUGAUCGAACGCUGGUGGUUACAGAUGCUUCUGGAGUAGGAUUGGGUGCGGUAUUGAUCCAGUUCAAGAAUUCCCUUCCACGGAUUAUAAGCUUCGCCUCGAAAAGUUUGUCUGAGGUUGAAAAGACUUAUCCGCCAAUUGAAAAGGAAGCGCUUGGUGUUGUUUGGGCAGUCGAAAGAUUCAAAAACUAUUUACUGGGCAUCACAUUCGAACUUGAGACAGAUCAUCGUCCGCUAGAAACACUGUUCACAACAACAUCUAGACCAACUGCGCGAAUUGAGCGUUGGUUACUGCGUAUCCAGGCCUUUCGAUUCAAAGUGGUUUAUCGAAAAGGUUCGGCUAAUCUAGCAGAUUGUUUAUCCAGACUAGCAGCACAUGUAGAAGAUCUACACUGGACGGAAGAAACAGAUGUAUUCAUUAGACGAGUAAUGGUACAAUCUCUGUCGUUUCUUUCGGACGUGGUUAAUGAGCUGAGUUUUGAUUCGGAAACAGAAGAAAUCAUAAGGGCUGUUCAACAAGCGGUUGCUAUUGAUAUUGAAGAAGUAGCAGCGGCUACCGUAUCAGAUCAGGAGCUACAGAAAGUGAUCAAGGCUAUCGAGACUGACAAAUGGGACCAAGAAGAUCUGAAGCAAUACAGACCGUUCCGGCUGGAGCUCUCUAACAUCAACAACUUGGUUAUGCGUGGCACGGAACUGGUUAUUCCGAUCUCUUUGCGUUCCAGGAUGUGUGAGCUGGCCCACGAGGGGCAUCCUGGCCAAUCAAUGAUGAAAAGGAGGCUUCGUGAGCGAUGCUGGUGGCCAGGAAUCGAUCAGACAGCUGUGAAAAUCUGUGAAAGGUGUGAAGGAUGUCAGUUGGUGCAAUCUUCAAAUCCUCCAGAGCCUAUGACUCGCCGUGCACUUCCUGAAAAGCCCUGGGUUGACAUAGCUAUGGAUUUCCUGGGUCCCAUGCCAUCGAGGGAGUAUCUUUUAGUAGUUAUCGAUUACUACAGUAGAUACAUUGAAAUUGAAAUUAUGACUCGAAUCACCGCCCAAGACACCAUCAAACGUCUGAAACGUAUCUUCAGAACAUGGGGUCCACCAAGGACAAUUACGCUUGAUAACGCUAAACAAUUUAUAUCCACAGAAUUCAAAGAGUAUUGUUCGACUUAUCGUAUUCACCUCAACCACACUUCGCCAUAUUGGCCGCAAGCAAACGGCGAAGUAGAGAGACAAAAUCGAUCCCUCCUUAAAAGGAUGAAAAUCACUCACGCUAUUCAUGACGAUUGGAAGGCUGAACUUGAUAAUUUCCUGGAUUUGUACAAUAACACCCCACACACAAUAACGGGAAAGGCACCAAGCGAACUGCUCCAAGGGAGGAAACUUCGAUCGAAAAUACCACAAAUUAAAGACCUUGAGACCGUUCCGCCAAGCACUGAUUUCAGGGACCAAGAUACUACCAAAAAGUUGAUGCAGAAGGAGAGAGAGGACGCUAGACGGCGCUCGAAACUAAGUAAUAUCUCCACCGGUGAUAUCGUACUUAUGAAGAACCUCCUUCCUUCGAACAAGUUAUCCACUAAUUUCUCGAACGAGAAGUUUACCGUAGUGGAUAAAAAUGGGUCCAACGUUACGAUUCAAUCGAAUGAAUCAGGAAAGCAGUAUGUUCGAAAUGUCUCACAUCUGAAAAAAUGGAACAUGUCAUCUGACACUGAAACAGAGCAAUCGACGCGUGAAAUAGACGACGCUGUCUCAGAAGGACAAAAGUCGUCUGAAACGGAUCCUUCAGGAACCUCAUCGUAA